AUGGCCACGCCAGCAGGUGAAACGAACGGCGUCGAAGAGCAUCUCUCGGAUACUGAUGAGGUCCCACGCGUCAAUGGCCAUCUCGACGUGAAUGGAGACCCGUCUUCUGGGAGCCAAACACCGGAGACCCCUCAGCACCAACUACCAGAUCCGCCAUCGCCGGAAGCUCUAGAGGAGUUACAGGCUUUCGACUGGGAAGACUUUGAGGCCCGAUACGAGGCUGCCCUCUUGAGAGCAAGCGAGGAGGAGAAAGCAAUCCUAAAGGAGGCAGAGUCGCUAUCCAAGUAUUUUCAGGCUUGGGCUGCUGCAGCAUCUUCCCACGACGAUGCUCGAGCUGUGAAGCGUUUGCAGACCAGACAGCGCUUCGUCAACUUGUCCGAGGAGAAGCUGUCGCAGAAGCAGCAGCACUACGUCGAAGUUGUCAGGGCAUUUGAGAGUGCGCUAGCACUACUCAAAUCUAGCUGA